UAAUGAAUCAAGUUGUUUGGACUUUAACCUGUGACCAAAAUUAAACAAGAAUUUGUCCUUUAAUAAUAAAAGCGCGCGCGCCUUAUAUAAACAAAAACAACGCUGUUGCGAUUUAGUUUGGUUCAGUGUAAAAGGAUGCACAUUCGGUCAUCUUUAUGCGAUUACGUUAAAAGAUGUCGUACGAUAAUUUACCGCUCGUCACGAAAAUGCUUACGGCAGGCGUGUCCGCGUCGUUCGCCGAUUUCAUGACGUUUCCCUUGGACACCGCCAAGGUGCGACUGCAGAUACAAGGAGAGGCGAAGGCGGUCUUACAAAAUGGAUCGGUUUCAGUAUUACGCACCCAGCAGCAGGGGCUUCUUUCGAUAAUCGUCGGGAUGGUUCGGACUGAGGGUAGCAGGAGCCUGUACAAGGGACUUUCGGCCGGGCUACAACGACAGAUGUGCUUCGCGUCAGUUCGAAUUGGUUUCUAUGACAACUUCAAACAGUUCUACACGCGGUUGUUUAGCGGCGAGAAUGCAACCGGUUUAAACGUAGGCGCUCGAAUCGCAGCCGGCCUGACCACCGGUGGACUCGCCGUGUGCAUGGCCCAGCCGACGGACGUGGUUAAAGUGCGCAUGCAGGCCGCGAAGAAGGUGCGCUACACGUCGACGCUCCAAGCCUACCGGCAGAUAGGUAAAAAUGAGGGCGUCCGGGGUCUAUGGAAGGGUACGUUGCCGAAUAUCGGUCGCAAUGCGAUCGUGAACGUCUCCGAGAUCGUCUGCUACGACCUCAUCAAGGACACGAUCAUCUACUACGGCCUGAUGAAAGAUGGCGUCCCUCUACAUUUAACCUCCGGGCUCGUGGCAGGUUUUUGUACGACUGUCGUCGCCUCCCCCAUCGACGUCGUCAAGACGCGCUACAUGAACUCGCCGAGCGGUCAGUACAGUAGCGCCGUCGAUUGCGCGAUACGAAUGGGAAUGCAGGAGGGCGCAAAGGCAUUUUACAAGGGAUUCGUUCCGUCGUUUUGCCGACUGGUCAGUUGGAACGUGGUGAUGUGGGUCACGUAUGAACAGGCGAAGAUUUUUGCCGGCAAACACUUUUAGUCACUUAUAAUAAGUUAUUGUUUCCUAUUUAUAUAUUUAAUUAAACAUUUUAUUGUUAA